ACUUUAAUGCAAGAUGUCAUCAUCUGAAGAGAAAAGCACAAGUCCUAUUCUACCAAAAGAUUCUGAUCGAGGCAGUUCUGUCUCUUCUGAUCUUCAGGAUGAAUAUGAAGAGUUGCUUCGUUAUGCAGUAGUUACCCCUAGGUUUGAGCCAAGUGGAUUGCGACAAUCGGAUCACAUGGAGGUUCAUCAGGUAGCUGCAGGUAAGAGUCCAGGAAUGAGUGACUACAGGCAUGAAAGUGCAGGAAUGAAAUGGAGGUGCCAUGGAAGAACCCCAGAACUUGCAACAUCUAGUCGAACAACAAGAAUAGAAGUUUCAGCGUCAGUAAAGGAAUCAGCUCAUAUGGAUAUGGAAGGACUUUGCCCAAUCCGUUCAGACGAAACUUCGUCACCAGGGUCCUCAUCUAGUCAAAGAGAUCUUCAGGGGACAUAUGUAACUGACAUGAGCCUUUCAGAUGAUAGAGUGACCCACAUAGAGAGUAUUCUUGAUCUGUGGAGUGGCAGCCUUAAAACUAAUGUUUUGACUGAGUUGAGGAAAUGGAAACUUCAUUUUAUUGAACAUCAUACCUUAGAGAUGAGACAAGAAAGAGAAAAGCACGCAGCUGAUGUGAGACAAUUGACUAAUCAGAUGGAGAACUUGAAGGAAUUGCUACAUACUUACGAGAUUUCCAUAGGGAGAAAGGAUGAGGUAAUUGCAAAUCUAACACAUGCAAUUGAGAAACAAAAGGACAGGAUAGAGUUAAUGAAAAAAUUCACAAAAUGGCGACUUCAGCAUUUUUUGGGCAAACAAAAGGCCAGAGAAGAGGUAUAUGCAAACAAACUGGCUGAUCGGCUGUAUAAAUUAGGCUUAUUGAGGAAAGCCUGGGCAAUUUGGCGAUCCCGCUUGAAUGCAAAAUGGAAAGAAACCAUGGAAAAGGCUGUUCAGACAAGUUUGGAAUCUAUGCGUACUUCCCUCACCAAUGACUAUGAAGCCAAACUUCAAGCGGUAAAUAGUGAAUUGGAGGAGGCCAGAUCUGAAAUUAUUGAACUGCAGAACCAAAGACAAGAUUAUGAAGAUUCCAUGAAGAAGGCUUUCAUGCGGGGUGUCUGUGCACUGAAUCUAGAGGCAAUGAGCAUGUUUCAGGGCAAAGAUUUCAAACUUGACCAGGUGCGAAGUCAGCUUCAACCUGGCCCAUCAGUUAGAUCAAGCAUAUUUCGUCAGCAGCAAGAGCAAGUAAACAGUGAAGUGAGAAGUCAGCUUCAGCCUGGCCCAUCAACCAGAUCGAGCAUGUUUCGUCAACAGCAGGAGCAAGUAGAUGGUGAAGUGAGAAGUCAGCUUCAUUCUGGCCCAUCAACCAGAUCAAGUAUGUUUCGUCAGCAGCAGGAGCAAGUAGACGGUGAAGUGCGAAGUCAGCUUCAGCCUGGCCCAUCAACCAGAUCGAACAUGUUUCGUCAACAGCAGGAGCAAGAAGACAGUGAAGUAGUUGAUCCAUCAGAAAAAAGAGCAGAAUCUGGUGCUGGCACUGGUAGACCUACAGCAAAAUUUUCUUCAUUUCAGUAUGAUCAGCCUAUGCCAUCUACUUCCUCGCUGCCACAACCACCACCUCAUUUUGCUCCAACAACAGCUGGAUCUGCUCCUGCAGAAGAUCUUUUUUCUUCUCACCAAGGCCAUGCAGUAACAUCUCAAACCAGAUUAGACUGUGCUGCUGCCUUAACAACCUGUGGUGCUGCUACAGGAUCAGGCAUAAUGUGCAUUUCAAAACUGCCCAUGACUAGAGUGGUAACAUCAGCUCAACAAAAGGCUGGAAGGACAGUCACUGCAAAAAUCACCGGUCGUUCAGAUUUUGCGGCAAAGAAUCGUAUUUGCAGUAACUUAGAUGUCUUGGGUGUUUCGCCCCCCAUGAAUUCUGUUGUGGUGGAGAAACAUCAUCCUGUCACUCAGCAAACUAUAUCUCAAGCUGUUGCUGCUAAAUAUCCUCGAAUCCUGCACCAGUCUUCUAAUGCUAUCAGCGUGAGACAUCUAGGACACAAUGGGAAAACUCCUGCCCAGACUCACAACAACAUUCAGUCAAUAAAAGUAGUGGAGUAGGUUAGCCGGUUGAAACGCCUGUACUUUAUUUUAAGCACAUGGAGAAAAUUUUCCAGGUUAUUGUUUAACAUGUGAUCCCUGGUGCUUGCAGAUUAAUGGAAUAAUAACCCAAGAUGCAUCAUGUUUUUCCUCUCAAUAAUAUUGUACAUGUAGAUAUUUUGAAGCGUAAAAAAUGUGCCACCCAAGAUGGCAUAAUGUAGUUCUGUGUAACUGCAAAUAAGGUAUACUUGAAAUUUUUACUUUCUUAAACUUAUUAUAUAUGCUUAUUUAAUGUUUUUAAUAAAAUGAAGUA